AUGGAGCCCCCCACAGCCCCCCCGCAUAGAGGACGCAUCCCCUGGCAGGGGCUCCUGCUCACAGUCUCACUUUUAACCUCCUGGAACCCACCCGCCACUGGCCAAGUCACUAUGGAAUCUGUGCCGCUCAGUGUUGUGGAGGGGAAGGACGUUCUUCUACUCGUCCACAAUAUGCCGCAGGAUACUAUAGGCUACAGGUGGUACAAAGGGCAUCAGACAGACCGCAACCGCACAAUACUAACGUAUAUGAUAAAUGCUACAACUAUUUUGAUUGGGCCUGAACACACUGAUCGAGAGACAAUAUACUCCAAUGGAUCCCUGCUGUUCCACAAUGUCACCCAGGAGGACAAAGGAUACUACACCCUACACCUUAUAAGCAAAAAUCCUCUAAGUAAAGCAGUAACUGGACAGUUCCACGUGUACCCCGAGUUACCCAAACCCUCCGUCGCAAGCAACAACUCCAGCCCCGUGGAGGAUGAGGACUCUGUAGCCUUAACCUGCGAACCUGAGACUCAGGACACAACCUACCUGUGGUGGAUAAACGGUCACAGGCUCAAAGACAAUGACAGGGUAGUGAUGUCCCCGGACAACAGGACCCUCAUUUUACUCAAUAUCUCAAGGAAUGACACAGGACCCUAUCAGUGUGGAAACUGGAACCCAGUGAGUGCCAGCUGCAGUGACCCAGUCACCCUGAAUGUGCUCUAUGGCCCCGACGUCCCCACUAUUUCCCCCUCAGACUCCUAUUACCAACCAGGUGCAAACCUCAACCUCUCCUGCCACGCGGCCUCUAACCCUGCUGCACAGUAUUCCUGGCUUAUCAAUGGGAGUCUCCAGCAAACCACACAAGAGCUCUUCAUCCCCAACGUCACUGUGAAUAACAGCGGAUCCUAUGCCUGUGUGGCCCACAACUCUGCCACUGGCCACAAAAGGACCACAGUGAAGACUAUCACAGUCAAGAUUCUCGUACUUUCCAGUGGUUCAUCACAAGGAAAUUCUCCGGGCCUGUCCGUUGGAGCCAUUGUUGGCAUUGUGAUUGGAGUCCUGGCUGUGGUGGCACUGAUAGCAGCCCUGGUGUAUUUUCUGUACUUCAAAAAGAAUGGUCUCUUCUUCCCUGGUCUUCAUGGUCCCUGA